GACAACGUAGUUGCUUUUCCGCCUCUAGUUUGUAUAGUGAUGAAUAUUGUGAAUCCGCUAAUUUGAGCUAUCUUCGGAUUCUCUCACUUCCGAUUUAGUGUCAGCGGCAAGUCUACGUUAUUCUACCUCUCCGAGAUAUUAGCCGGCUUCCUACCUCACUCCUGUAGGCUCGAUCCCUAAGCAUCGCAAUUUUCAAAGCAUUACAAUGGCAACAACACGUUGGAAUAGCACACUCUAUUCCUCGGAGAAAUUCGUCGAAGCUUGCGGGGCUGUCGUGUUUAAUACUGAGAAGCCGGCGCAAGUCCUUUUACUAUACUAUUCCGCCUUGGACGAAUGGUUGCUGCCGAAAGGGAGACGUAACUGUAACGAGUCUCGGAAAGACGCGGCCAUACGAGAAGUUCGCGAAGAGUCAGGCUGUGCAAUUCGAUUACGCCCUAUAACGAUGACUACUCGAGCUCCAUCUGACUUGGAAGCGGCCGAUGUCAAGGAUAUCCCACGCACCUACGACAGUCUCACGGAAGCUUUUAUGCUAGAUGUUCGGGACUUGGGGAAGGGCAACGGUGUCAAGUUAGUCUGGUGGUUUAUCGCAGAACUGGACAGCAUUGCGGGAGAUGGGGAGGCGCAGUUCGAACCUAAAUUCUUCCGGGGCGACGAAGCCGUCAAGAUAUUGACGUUCCAGAAAGAUCGCGAUGUGCUAGUGAAGGCUUUGGAGCUCGUAGGACGCGCUGCCGAUAAGACGACGAGGGAGCCUUGAGAGGAUGGCGUAGGUAGAAUCAAUCAAUCGAAUGGGGGCCGGACAAAUGUCGAGUUUCACAAUCCGAUACGACCCCAGAGUCUGCUGACAGUUCGAAUGGUACAUAUAACGAUCCUUUUAUCACCAUCUAGAGAAUUUCCCCAUGUUAGAAUUUGGAUGUUUAUCUUUCUUAGAUCUGAUAUAUCAGAUUCUUCUUAGCCAGAGCUUACUGAU